UCCGGGCUCCUGGCCCGUCUCAGCCCCCGGGCAGCGCGCCAGGAAGGAGGAGGAAGCCCCGCCUGCUAAUGCAGCAGCCCCAGCCCCAGCUCCAGCUCCAGCCCCAGCCCGGCGAGCUCCAGUCCUGCGGGGACCGAGCACCAUGGCCAGGAAGGUGAUCGCGGUGCUGCUGCUGUUCUGCUUCAUCGGCGUGGUGGGCAUCCUGCUGCUGUGCCUACCCACCAAGGACCUGCGGGAGCCGCCAGGCUUCAAGUAUGGAAUCGUUCUGGACGCCGGCUCCUCCCACACUGCCAUGUUCAUCUACAAGUGGCCUGCGGACAAAGAGAAUGACACUGGGAUUGUCAGCCAGCACAGCAUGUGCGACGUGGAAGGUGGCGGGAUCUCCAGCUACGCAGAGAACCCCCCGGCUGCCGGCAAGAGCCUCAAGCAGUGUCUUGACCAGGCUGUGAGCGAUGUCCCCAAGGAAAGGCAUCCACUCACCCCCCUCUACCUGGGGGCCACCGCUGGCAUGAGGCUGCUGAACCUCACUGACCCCCAGGCUUCAGACAGAGUCCUCAGCGCAGUGACCGCGACGCUGAAGUCGUACCCCUUUGACUUUCGGGGGGCAAAAAUUCUGUCAGGUGAAGAUGAGGGGGUGUUUGGCUGGGUCACAGCUAACUAUCUCCUGGAGAACUUCAUCAAGUACGGCUGGAUCGGGCAGUGGUUCCGGCCAAAGAAACCCACGUUGGGGGCCAUGGAUUUGGGUGGAGCCUCUACCCAGAUCACCUUUGAAACCCAGAAGCCGAUUGAGGACCCCCGGAAUGAGGUGACGCUGCGGCUCUACGGGCAGACGUACAAGGUGUACACUCACAGCUUCCUGUGCUAUGGCAGGGACCAGAUCCUCAGGAGGAUGCUCUCCAAGGUCAUGAAGGCUGAUGGCUACAAAACAAAUGUGUCCAACCCCUGCUGGCCCAAAGGCUACCAAAGGAACUUCAAACUCCAAGAUGUCUACGACUCUCCCUGCACGGCAGUUGAGAAGCCUGACAGCUACGAUCCUCAACGUAGCAUUGACAUGAGCGGAUCCGGGGACACAGCCCAGUGCCGCCUGCAUGUGGACAGUCUCUUCAGCUUCACCAGCUGCAGCUUCACCAACUGUUCCUUUGAUGGGGUUUUCCAACCCGGCCUUUCGGGAAACUUCAUUGCCUUCUCUGCCUUUUUCUACACGGUGGAUUUUAUCCAGACAGUGAUGAAGAGACGCGUGGCCUCGCCAGAUGACCUUAACACUGCUGCCGAAGCCAUCUGCAGUGCCAACUGGACCGAGCUGCUGCUAAAAGCUCCAGUCCAGAAGAAGUGGUUGCAGGAUUACUGUGCGGUUGCCAACUUUGUUUAUUUGGUGAUCAGCAAGGGCUAUCGUUUCGAUGAGAGCUCUUUCCCCAACAUCGCCUUCCAGAAAAAGGCUGGGGACACUUCCAUCGGCUGGGCCCUGGGCUACAUGCUGAACCUCACCAACAUGAUCCCGGCUGACGAAGCGGGCUUUCGAAAGGGCGCAAACUACAGCUCCUGGGUCGUCCUCAUCCUUCUCUUCGUGGCUGUAAUCCUGAUAGCACUGGGGACAGCGUUCUGCCUGCUCCGGUCCGGCAAGCAGCACCGUACAAUGUAGGACGGGGGCAGGAGAGGCCAAGAGACAUGGCUCCCUGGAGCUGACGUGAGCUCCACUGAUCCUGGCAGGUGGCCCGGCAUCCUACAUACUUCAGAUGUGAGCGUUUUCUGGAGGCCCUGUCCCUCCCUGCUGCCUGUUUGUAGCCCUGAGGGAAACCUGUCCUGUUGCCUUUCUUUCCUCCCUGAUUGGAAGCCGGAGAAGUGGACAGAAGAGGAGAACUGACACCCAGGGAGCUGCAUGAGGAGCAAAUGUAAAUGGUUUCCUAGUGCAUCCCCUUUGGUGCAUCCUGGAGCAGCAUCAGAGCCUGGACAGCCAGAUCGACGGUGUUCUCCUUUGCCUGCUGCCAGAGGGAGACCAGACACCUAGUAAACAGAUAGCAGCAGCCAGCAGGUGACUGGCUCUGUGCAAAAGAAGGGAGGUUUUUAUAUUCACAUCCAAGGGGGUGGGGUUCGGAGUGGAGAGGGUUACUUACCUAAGCGUCUGUGGAAGGCUUUUCCCCUUAGCCCCCCUGCCUGGAGCCCUGUCCUGUCCCUUCCAGAGAUUUUGUGACUUGGGGUCCUGGGUAUUAUCCAGGGACCUGCACUAUCUUCCCUGAGCAAGGGCCAAAUCACAGCCCCCAGGAAGUCUGGGAGUUUGGCCAUUGAUCUCAGUGGUAUUUGGCUCUCUCCCAGGGCCCGGGAAGCCCCUCCAUCUCUGUGGAGAAGUGCUGCCCACGAUAGGCUCUGACAAUCCGGGUGGCUUCCACUCUUAGCACCACAACUCUGCCUUGCCUCUUUUGUUUGUUUACAACUGGCGCUGCUCCUAGCCAAUCCUUCCUGCCCAGGGGGAAGUUUUAAGACUAAGGGUGGGAGUGGAACCUGAGUAGGUGUGUAAUUCAACAGGGGGUGCCCUGAGUAUCUUAGAGAGCAUCAUAAACCAGCCCCCUGGCAUGAUGGAGAAAAUGCUCAGGGCUCCCUCGCACAGCACUGAGACCUGAGACCUUCUUUGAGCUGCCAGCUAAGACACACUGGGCCAUGGCAUGGUGAGACACAAACCUUCCACCCGCAGCCUAAUCAGCCUGGGGACAGGGAGGGUCUGUCUUUAGUUCCAGAUAAGAUCAAAUAGGGAUUUGUGUGUUUUAAUGCUCACAAAACAAUGUAAACCCAGGGGAGGAUUUUAGAUGAAAAGGCAAAUAAACUUUGUUAAAGGGCAGCUACCCUGAGACACCUGUAGGGUGGUGGAGACUGGACAACACUGAGCUCUUCCAAACGUUUUCUGAGGCAAAGCUCCGAGCUUGCAGCAGCGCCAGGGCCAGCGCUUCCAUUUAGGCGGCCUAGGCAAUCGCCUAGGGGGCCAGGAUUAUUGGUGGGCGGCGUUUUGCCGGAGGGGG